AUGGCGCAAGUUAUGCAUAUUUGGAGAAAUAAUCCAAAAAAUGCUACUCCAUACCUCGAAUCGCUCGGUGAUCCUCAGAGACAAACCUCAGAAAAGCAAAUAAUUAUCGAAAAUUUGGAUGAUUGGAAAGUUAUUACGGCUACAUGGUUCGAAAUGGCACAAUAUCUAAGCGUUUUGGAGACUCUAGCCAACGACCAAAACUUUGCUGGAAGAGGAAAGGCUGCUCUACUUUGUUCUAAAGUUGCUUAUUGUUUAGAAAACUACGAAAAGGCGCUUGCCUUUGCGCUUGAUUCUGACAACAAUUUUAGUUCAACUCCUCGACAAGACGAUUUUAAGGAGCAUGAUAGCUUGUAUGUCAAUAAAAUUAUUGAACAAGCUCUCGAUACCUACAAAAAGAAGAGAAAUCAAAAACUCGACGUUGAACCAAAAUUGGCUGCUCUAAUUGAUCGCAUUUUUCAACAAAACUUGGAACGUCGCGAUUUUAAUUCAGUGAUUGGUUUGGCUUUUGAUACUCGACGAAUUGAUAUGGUGGAGACUGCAAUUAAAUCAAACGAGGCGCCAGACAAAACUCCUGUAAUGAUCGAAACGCUCAAUAAAGUUUGGGAAUCCCAAUUGGAUAUUGAGUUUAGAACUCUUGUGCUGGACUUGAUUUUCCAUAUGUUGGAUGCUGAUUUGCAAAUUGAAAAGAAGGGAUCGCAAAAUUUGGCUUUGAAAGUGCUUUCGAUAUGCCAGUGUUUGAUCAAAUUAGAACGUCCUGCCCAAGUUGCACAAAUUUUUAAUAAUCUUUUAUCAAAGAAAAAUACUCUCGUUGCCUAUCAACUUGCUUUUGAUCUUUACGAAAAUGCGCCUCAGGAAUUUUUGGAACAACUCAAGGAACUUUUAUUCAAAAAAGAAGAUUCUCCAGAAAAUGAGGAAACAAAGCCUUCCCCAGAAAAUAACAAUUUAAAGUCGAUACUUAGCGGUGAAGAAACGAUUAAACAUCAUAUGCAAUUUUUGAUAAAGAAUAACCACACGGAUAUGUUGAUUUUGAAGAAUAUAAAAGAUGUAGUCCGAGGAUCCUGUGCUCAUAAUGCUACUGUUAUUGCUAAUGGUUUAAUGCAUACUGGGACGACUUGUGAUGAUUUUCUUAGAGAGAAUUUGGAUUGGAUUUCUAAGGCGACCAAUUGGAAUAAAUUUAAUGCUGUUGCAUCACUUGGGUUGAUUCAUAAGGGACAUGAACGCGAAGCUCGAAAGAUCCUCGAUCCUUAUUUGCCCAGAGGGGAUGUUGAUCCAUAUGGCUUUAAAGAGGGAGGAUCGCUUUAUGCAUAUGGUUUAAUCCACGCAAAUCAUGGCAAUCAAAGCGUCAUUAACUACCUCACUGAUCAAUUAAACAAAGCCACUACAAGUGCUGUUCGUCAUGGAGGAUGUUUGGGUUUGGGAUUAGCUGCAUUGGGAACUCGUAGUGUCAAAAUUUAUGAACAUUUGAGAGAAUGCUUGUAUAGUCAAAAUGAAGCUGUUUCUGGUGAAGGAGCUGGAAUUGCAAUGGGAUUAGUUUUGGCGGGUUCGAUGAACCAAUCUGCUUUUGAUGAAAUGCGAAGCUACAUUUUGGAUACUCAACACGAUAAAAUUCAGCGUGGAUUGCGUACUGGAAUUGCUAUGUUAGCUUAUGGAAUGUUGGAGAAAGCUGAACCUUGGAUUGAGAUUCUUGAAAGUUUCCAUUCCGAGUCGAUAAUGCGACAAACUGCUGUGUGCAUGAUUGCUAUGGCUUACGCGGGAAGUGGAAAUGCUGAAGUUGUUAAACGACUUUUGGAAAAAGUUGCUGCGGAUCCUAGUAGUGAUGUUAAACGAUUUGCUACAAUUGCUAUUGGUUUUGUUCUUAGCGGGAACCCCGAACUUUGCUUGAGUCAUACCGGAAUGUUAUUUGAACACUUUAAUGGUCAUAUUCGUUAUGGAGCUGCUAUUGCGUUAGGAAUUGCUUGUGCUGGAUCUGGAUAUAAGGAAUCCGUUUCUCGUCUUGAACCUUUGUUGCAAGCCAAAGAAAACUUUGUUAGACAAGGAGCAUUAAUUGCUUUAUCUUUUGUAUUAAUACAACACACUGAGUCUACAUGUUCAAAUGUUGUCGAGUUUCGCAAGACAAUUACCAAAACUAUAACUGAAAAGAGUGAAGAUACAAUUACUAAGUUUGGCGCCAUUGUUGCUCAAGGAAUUUUGGAUGCCGGUGGACGAAAUGUCACCCUUUCCUUGCAUAACCGUGAUGGACAGCCUGACAUGCCUUCAGUUUUGGGAACCUUUGUGUUUUUACAGCAUUGGUAUUGGCAUUCGUUGACUCAUUUUAUCUCUUUGGCUUUUCAACCAACUUGUCUGAUUGGACUAAAUAAAGGAUUAAAGAUGCCCAAAAUUGUCUUUCGAUGCAAUACCAAGGCUUCUUACUUUGCUUAUCCUCCACCAUUGGAAGAUAAGAAAAAGGUGGAAGUUGAAAAAGUAGAAGUAGCUGUGCUCUCUACAACAAACAAAAAGAAGGGAGGAGAAAAGAAGAAGGAACAAGAACCAGAAAAAAUGGAAGUUGAUGAGCCUACGGAUGAGACACAUUCUGAUGAUAAAGAGAAGUCGGAUGAAAGAGUUAAUAAAGAAGCAGUUCAAGAGCCUUCUUUCCACAAUAUUUCAAAUCCAGCUCGUGUAGUUCGUCUUCAACUACGUAAAUUGUCAAUGCCAACUGAGGGAUCUCACUAUACGCCAAUUAAAUCUAUAACGCGUGGAGGAAUAAUAAUGUUUGAGCGUUUAAAUGAAGACGAAGAAGAGGAAUUAGUUGAGGCUGCUAUAGCUGGAGGUAUAAGUAGUGAUUCUGGUGAUUCAAAGGAUGGAAUGAAAACAGUUGCCCCACACGAACCAUUUAAUUUCUCAUUGUUAAACUAUUAA